GUGCGCUUCGGGACGCCUGGCGUUAGCGCGCAGCCUCCGCAGAGCUUCGAGCGGAUUCGGCUCAACCUGGGCGGCUGGCGGUUGGGGUGGCGGACACCUACCCCUCGGGCCGGGAACGCCCACCCUUCAGCACCGGGCCGGGCGAGGACUAGGCUGGUCCCGCAGGGGCCUGAAGCUGCGACGCGUCCGCGAGGGCCGGGCGCGGAGGUGGCGCCAUCGCGCGACUGUCUGGCUCGAGCGUGACGUCAGGCGCACGGGCGCCGAUUGGCCGCGGCAUGUGGCGCGGGCGGAUGCUAGUACGGGCCAUUGGACACACGGCCUGUGGGCGGGGCCGGGGAGUGGUCGGUGCAGAGAAGGGGCGCGUGCCCAGACCGGCUGGCAACUUGGUCCGGAGGCCGCUCAGUAGUGUUCUAGGUCAGAUAAGACAUUUUUUAACAAUGCCAGAGAUAAAUACUAACCAUCUUGAUGAGCAACAAGUUCAGCUCUUGGCAGAGAUGUGUAUCCUUAUCGAUGAAAACGACAAUAAAAUUGGGUCUGAGACCAAGAAGAAUUGUCACCUGAAUGAAAACAUUGAGAAAGGAUUAUUGCAUCGGGCUUUUAGUGUCUUUUUAUUCAACACUGAAAAUAAGCUGCUGCUACAGCAGAGGUCGGAGGCUAAAAUUACCUUUCCAGGUGAGUUUACUGUUCCUCCAGAAGAAAUUAAUUAUUUGACACGAAUUCACUAUAAGGCCCAGUCUGAUGGUAUCUGGGGUGAGCAUGAGAUUGACUACAUUCUGUUUGUGAGGAAGAAUGUGACUCUGAAUCCAGAUCCCAAUGAGGUUAAAAGCUACUGCUAUGUGUCCAGGAGAACUGGAAGAUCUUCUGAAAAAAGCAGCCAGUGGGGAAGUUAAGAUUACACCGUGGUUUAAAAUUAUUGUAGAGACUUUUCUCUUUAAAUGGUGGGAUAAUUUAAAUCAUUUGAGCCAGUUUAUUGACCAUGA